GACGGCCACAGCGGCAGCUAUUGGGGCUGCAGGAGUUCCGUCAGCGGGGCUCGUUACCAUGGCGAUAGUUUUGUCUGCGGUCGGACUUCCUGUGGAGGAAGUGAGACUAGUUCUUGCACUUGACUGGUUUUUAGAUCGUUUUCGGACUGCAGUGAAUGUACUGGGAGACUCCUUUGGUGCGGGCAUCGUCGAUCAUCUAUCUCGUCAAGACCUAGAGGAAAUGGACAAGAAAUGUUUGAAAGACGAAAGUCAGAAAGAAGAUCACGCUAAUGGUGUUGUUAAUAAUUUGCAAACCCAUGAUAAAAACACAAACACAAAAAUGUAGGCUCAUUCGCUGUAAGAAUGAAAUAUUAUCUGAAAGUUUUAGAAUAAAUUGUUUGACCUUGA